ACGAACAUGUCAAUCACUUAAAGUUAUUCUUACAGAAAACAACUUUACAAUCGAAAAACUCAUCAAAAUGUUCAAAUUUGUUGCUUUGGUUUUCGCUGCUCUCUUCGCCUUGGCUGCUGCCCGUCCCGGUUACUUGGCUUCGUCUCCCGUAGUCUACUCUUCUCAUUAUGUACAACCCGUCCACUAUUCAGUACCUGUUGUCAAGACUGUUGUUACCCCUGUAGUGCACACUUCCGUUGUACACACCCCCGUUGUCCACAAGACCGUUCUUACUCCAGUAGUCCACACUCCUGUAGUUCAUGCUUCUCCCUUGUACCACUCUGUACCCGUUGUUAAGAGUUACGCUCCCGCUUACGGUGUAUGAAAACAAUAAAUUAAUAUGUAAUUUAAAUAUUUAUUUAUUUAUGAAAAGUUAGGAAAAAAUUAUUUAAUAAAUACGAACAUCUUUUUGUAUACAAAGAAAUAUA